AUGAUCGAAAACUGUACAAAGAUAUUUAUCGUACCAAAUUGUUCCGGAUUUGAGCGUGAUGAAUGUGGUAUGUGGCCUGAGGAUACCGAACCGGAUGCGCCAUUUCUUAUUGAAUUAGGUGCUUCUGACGGUGGAAAUUAUAAAACGUAUAUGCUGCAAAAAGUGAGGGAUCUGCUAAAAGAGCAUCGUGAACGUUGGAAAGGUUGGAUCGUUGAAGGUUCGAUAAACGGCGUCGAAAUUUCUACGAAAAAACCAACCGAUCGUCAUCCAUUGCGUUUCUUCCGCGUUUGGGUUGAUAUUGAAGCACCGCCUAAAGAAAUUUUAGCCAGGAUUAUUCGAGAAAGGUAA